AUGGCUGAAGAAAGCAAGUCACUUAGUCAUGCAAUCAACCAGGUAUGCAAUACAAAAUUUGUAUUUGGGUCAUUUCAUCAAGGGGAUGCAAGGUUUUCAUCAUUUUCUAGAGGAAGUCAGUGUACGUGCAAUGCUCUUACUAUACUGAUAAAAAGUUAUGAAGGAUUUUCAUUCUCAACGGAAUUUAUUGAUAGCACUUUAAUAGCAGGGGAUCAGGUUUAUGUUAUGUUGGUCAAGAAUUUGCAGCAAAGACAAAUGUUUCUAAACAAGCUACUUAAAUUGGAUGAGUUGCCAAGUAACUUAACUUUAGGAGAAAAUCAUCAUGUCAUCGAGAAAUUUGAAACCAUGUGGGGAUUACUUGUCUCUGAAGAACAAAUUAGUCAAGUGAAAUCAUUGCAUCAAGCUUUAGAAGAGGCUUUCCAGGUUUCUAGAUAUUUGCUGAUUAUGAUAGGGGCAAUUUGUUCUGGUGUAUACAAAGUGUCAGACAAGGAAUAUUACUUUUUUGACUCUCAUUCACAUGACAGUGCUGGCAUGUCUUCCUGUGAUGGUAAAUCAGUACUAGUACAAAGCACGGGUAUUGAUGAUUUGGUAUCAUAUCUGUACAGUAUGUAUAACAGUAUGCAUAUAGACUUUGCAAUGCAGUUUGAAAUCUUACCAAUCUCAAUUAAAACUUUGCAUCAUAGUUUUCCAGAGAAAAGUCCAUUGCAGAAAAAAUUUUACAAAAUGGAUGAUCAUCUCUCAUCUGUUACAAAUCCAGAUCAAAACCCAUACAGAAAAAGGUAUAUGAGAGAGUACAUGAGGAGAAAAAGACAAAAUGUACAGUUUAAGCAAGUAGAAAGAAACAAAGAAACGCAUGCAAAAAAGUUGAGAAGACAAAAUGAUGAUAUAAAAAGCAGAGAAACUGAAACUGCAACAUUUGCAAGGAAAUUAAAAAGGCAAAAUGCUGAAAUAAGACAGAAAGAAAAGGAAAGAGAUGCAGCUGCAAGAAAGUUAAAAAGACAAGAUGCUGAAAUUAAAGAGAAAGAAAGGGAAAUGGAUAAGUUUGCAAGAAAGUCAAAGCGACAAGAUACUGAAAUUAAAGAGAAAGAAAGGAAAAUGAAUACUGCAGGUAGAAAGUUAAAGCGACAAGAUGCUGAAAUUAAAGAGAAAGAAAGGGAAAUGGAUAAGUUUGCAAGAAAGUCAAAGCGACAAGAUACUCAAAUUAAAGAGAAAGAAAGAAAAAUGAAUACCGCUGGUAGAAAGUUGAAGCGACAAGAUGCUGAAAUUAAAGAGAAAGAAAGGAAAAUGAAUACCACUGGAAGACAGUUAAAGCGACAAGAUGCUGAAAUUAAAGAGAAAGAAAAGAAAAUGAAUACAGCUGGAAGAAAGUUAAAGCGACAAGAUACUGAUAUUAAAGAGAAAGAAAGAAAAAUGAAUACAGCUGGUAGAAAGUUGAAGCGACAAGAUGCUGAAAUUAAAGAGAAAGAAAGGCAGAUGGAUAAGCUUGCAAGAAAGUCAAAGCGACAAGAUGCUGAAAUUAAACAGAAAGAAAGGGAAAUGGAUAAGCUUGCAAGAAAGUCCAAGAGACAAGAUGCUGAAAUUAAAGAGAAAGAAAGGGAAAUGAAUACUGCAGGUAGAAAGUUAAAACGUCAGAAUGUUAAAGUGCAAGAAAAAGAAAAAGAGGGCAGUAGAAUUUCAAAAAGAAAAUGCAGAGAAAACCCAAUUGUUCUUGAAAGGGAAAGGUUAAAAAAGCAAGCUAAACGAAGCAACAUUUCAUUUAGAGAAAAUGAGAGAUUGCUUAAUAGGGAACAGAAACAGAGGCAAAGAGCAGAUAAAGAAUAUUGUGAAAAAGUAGAUGAACAACAGAGACGGAAAAAAUUUGGAAUAGAUAUAGAGGAUUGCAUCCAAAAUUUUCAUGAACAGAUAAAACAUGGUCCAAUUUUUGUAUGCUCAUGUUGUCAGCAAACAUGGUUCAAAGAAAGUGUUUCUAAAGUGGAAAACAUCAAACUAAAUGAUGAAUGUAAAAGCAAGUUUCUUACAAGCACUGUGUCUGUUGAAAAUGUGGAAUGGAUUUGCAAUACUUGCUGUUCAUCAAUAAGACAAAAAAAAAUUCCAAAGUUGUCCGUCUUCAAUGGUAUGAUGUGGCCACUUAAGCCAAUGGAAUUAGAUUUAUUUUCUUUAGAAGAAAGGCUUGUAUCUCUGAGAAUACCUUUUAUGCAAAUAAGAGAGUUGCCAAGAGGUGGGCAAUAUUCUGUAAGAGGAAACAUUGUGAAUGUUCCAGUUGAUAUUCAACCUACUGUGAAUAGCCUGCCAAGAAAAUUAGAUGAAAAUGUCACAGUUCCUGUCAAAUUAAAGAAAAAGUUGUCAUAUCAAAAAUGUGAUUAUCAUGAAAAUGUACGACCAACAAAAGUACUGAUUGCGUUGCACUGGCUUAUGAACAAUAGUGACUUUUACAAGAAUGCAAAUAUCAAUGUUGAUGAAAACUGGUUUCAAGAAAUUACAACUUCAGCAAGUGAAAUGGUUCAGGAACUAGUGAGAACACAGACAAGAAGCAACCAAAAUACUGAUGAUGAUGAGAGGUUGAUGAUGAUGAUGAAUUCUGUGAAGUAG